AUGGAAGUCAGGCAUGACUGGCUCUCCUCAUCCCCCCAUGAGGGCUUCGAGCAGAUGAGGCUGAAGAGCAGACCCAGGGAGCCUUCCCCAAGCCUCACCAGAGUAGGUGCGAACUUCUACAGCACUGUCAAGCAGCAGGACUACAGUGCCAGUGUCUGGCUGAGGAGGAAAGACAAACUGGAGCACUCCCAGCAAAGAUGCAUUGUGAUCUUUGCACUGGUAUGCUGCUUUGCAAUUCUGGUUGCACUGAUAUUUUCGGCAGUGGAUAUUAUGGGAGAAGAUGAGGAUGGACUCUCAGAAAAGAACUGUCAAAAUAACUGUCGGGUUGCUCUCGUGGAAAAUAUUCCUGAAGGGAUCAACUAUUCAGACAGUGCACCAUCCCAUUUGUCUCUUUUCCAAGGCUGGAUGAAUUUGCUUAAUAUGGCUGAAAAGUCUGUUGACAUAGUAUCUUCCCAGUGGGACCUCAAUCACAGUCAUCCAUCAGCAUGCCAGGGUCUGCGUCUAUUUGAAAAACUGCUUGAACUGGCGUCCCGAAAUAUUGAGAUAAAACUAGUGAGCGAUAAACUGCCCGUGGAAUCAAAGGUAUUAAACGACUUGAAAACAAAGGGUGCUGAAGUGUUGUAUAUGAACAUGUCAGCAUAUAAUGAAGGUCGGCUUCAGUCUUCGUUCUGGAUUGUUGAUAAGCAGCACGUAUACAUUGGAAGUGCCAGCCUGGACUGGAGAUCGUUGGGACAGAUGAAGGAACUUGGCGUCAUCGUAUACAACUGUAGCUGCCUGGUCCUGGAUUUACAAAGGAUAUUUGCCCUGUAUAGCUCAUUAAGGUAUAAGAAUAAAAUACCUCCGAGUUGGUCUAAGAGACUCUAUGGAGUGUACGAUACUCAAAAUAAACUGACACUGCAGCUGAACGAGACAAAAUCAGAAGCUUUUGUGUCGAACUCACCUAAACUCUUCUGCCCCAAGGACAGAGUCCUGGAUAUCGAAGCUAUCUACAGUGUUAUUGACGAUGCCAAACAGUUUGUGUACAUUGCUGUCAUGGACUACUUGCCCAUUGUCAUCGACACCAAUGCUAAACGGUACUGGCCGUAUUUAGAUGGGAAGAUAAGAGAAGCAUUAGUUUUACGAAGUAUUAAAGUGCGACUUCUCAUAAGUUUCUCAAGAGACACAGAUCCCCUUACUUUCAACUUUGUUUCAUCUCUGAAAGCUAUUUGCACUGAAGUUCCAAGCUGUAGUUUGAAAGUUAAAUUCUUUGACCUUGAGGAAGAGAGUGCCUGCUUUCUUAAAGAACAGAAGAACACUUCCCUUCCCAAACUGAAUCGUAACAAAUACAUGGUGACUGAUGGAGCUGCGUAUAUUGGUAAUUUUGAUUGGGUAGGAAAUGCUUUUACGCAGAAUGCUGGAGCUGGCCUUGUUAUCAACCAAGCAGACGCGGGGAACAGCACAAGCAUCAUUAAGCAACUCAAGGCUGUUUUUGAAAGGGACUGGUAUUCACAUUAUGCCAAAAGUUUACAACCAACAAAAAUCCCAAACUGCUUUAACCACAAACUCAAUAAAGGAACUUCAAAUAAGACUUCCAUGAGCAAUGUGAAUUAG